UUGUGGAUUAAAACUAUGCUCAAGGCUACUUGGAUAACACGUUGCCCACUGCUCUUACUUGAUACUCGGAUGCCAUAUGGAGCCCUAAACAUUGGUUGCAAGGAGCAUUUAGACCCUGCUGGCACAGGUUCAUUUUAUAAUGAAGGAGAAGCAGAUAUAGUCACACAGCAUGUUCUUAAUCUUGUCCAUUGUGGAGUGUCUCCAACUGCAAUAGUUGUUCAGUCUCCCUACAUUGCUCAAGUGCAACUGUUAAGAGAUAAGCUAGAAGAAUAUCCAGGGCUUUCUGCUGUUGGGGUUUCAACCAUAGAUAGCUUUCAGGGGAGGGAGGUGGAUGCAGUGGUCAUAUCGAUGGUUCGCUCAAAUCCACUGGGAGCUGUGGGGUUCUUGGGUGACAGCAGACGCAUCAAUGUGGCUAUCACAAGGGCACGCAAGCAUGUCACUGUGGUUUGUGAUACCUCUACCAUUUGUCACAGCACCUUCCUGGCCAGGCUCCACCGCCAUAUCAGGCGGUAUGGGCAAGUGAAACACGUUGCCCCUGGUUCCUUGGAUGGGGUUUCUGGCCUUGGCUUCAAUCAACCUACUCUCCCCUCUAUCAGCUAACACUAAUGACAAAUUACUGCCUUUAUGACAAGCAUUUCGUCUGAGCGUGUACAUAUGCAAUGAGCUGAAGGCUUUGUACGUACACAAGGAGUUCAAAGCUGAGAAAUCAAAUGGCCCGUUCUAUAUCUAUCCGUGAAGAGGUUGCAAACAGUGAUUCACGGAUAGAGAUCCAAGAGCUUCGCAAGGUGUGGCUGCCAUGAUGCAUGAACAAUAUGUUGUUGAACUUAACCAAGGCGAGUUCUUGCAUUUUUGAAUUGAUGAACAGGAGGAUUGAUUCAGCAAGAGGAAGACGUCAGCUUCCACCUUCCUGGGCAUCUCUAACCUGUUGCUUGCCUGGCACGAUGCCCCUGUUCCUGUAAAUGCUGUAUAGUUGACACGGAUAUGGUAUACGCAAUACAGAUUACAGACAUGUAUAGUAAAUUGUAUAAAUUGACAAUUGACAAUUGAGUUGGAACACAAAAAUUGUGUUUUUU